AUCUAAUUAAGAACCUCCUUUGUUAAUAGAGACAAUGGUGAACGUUGCAAUCUUAGCUAGCUAGGCUUCCCAAGGACCUCCCGUCUUUCCUCGCAGACAGCCCCUACUCCCUCUAUUUGCUUUCUUGGGUGAAAAACGAUCUCUAAAUUAGACUCACUUAAAUGGUAUAGAGAGAGAGAGAGAGGGAUCAAUUGGAUGAAAUAUAUAUGGAGAACAACAAAUCGAUGAGCAGCUCCAGCAGCAGUACUCAUCAAUCUCAUGCAGAUCAUCAGUGUAAAUCAUCAGGAAGAGCCAGUGAAACCAGCAUGAAGAGGUCGGCGACAAUGGCGGCGACGACGGCGAAGAUGAAGAAAGUCCAGGUCGUGUACUACCUCACCCGAAACGGCCUGCUCGAACAUCCCCACUUCAUGGAAGUCUCUCAUUUCCCCAAUCUCCCUCUUCGUCUCAAAGAUGUGAUGGACCGGUUGACGGCUCUCAGAGGAAAGGGCAUGCCUUCCAUGUAUUCCUGGUCUUGCAAGAGGAGCUACAAGAAUGGGUAUGUUUGGAACGACCUAUCGGAGAAUGAUGUUAUACGUCCGGCGGAUGGAGCCGAGUAUGUCCUCAAAGGGUCAGAAAUCGUCGAGAGUUGCUCCGGGAGAUUUCAACGCGUUGAUUUAAUGGACAGGCAGAUUGAUAAUCCGGAACCACAUCGACAUUCGAAGAGAUCAGUGGUGGCUCCGAGCGAGCACAACGAAGUAGUGUACUACUCCAGCAGGGACGAAGAGCAAGAGUACGGUGGGCAAGAAGAGUACGAAGAGGAAGAGAAGACGAGCUACACGAGCUCCACCACGCCACAUUCCCGAUGCUCAAGGGGUGUCUCGACCGAUGAGCUCGAAGAACCCGAACGCGAACAUGAAUCUGAGACCCAAAUGAAGCGCCCCUCUCAUGAGCCCCCGUCCCCUCCAUCUGCUACACCUACACCCUCCCCUACAUUGGUCUCGGAUGAAAAACAGGCACAAAGCGCCAACUCAUCCAGACGUUUUGCGGACAAAGACAUUGUCGACCACCAAGAUGUUCCUAGGUGUGCCCUCGGAAAGAACUCGGUCCUGCUCCAAUUGAUUUCGUGUGGAAGCUUAGCGAAAACAAUCCCAAAGAGUACUUGCAACAACUACCGUAGCUACGACCUGCAUAAGGAAAUAACGUGCAGAAACGCAGAGAAGGCAGUGGCUGCGGAGGAUGAGGCAGCGAUGAUUAUUUACAUGUCUGAGAAUCCAAGGUUCGGGAACCCGCAAUCGCAGGAGAAAGAAUACUUCAGCGGGAGCAUUGUCGAAUCAAUCAGAGAUGAUCAUGGCCGAAGCACGACCGAAUCAGUAUUGAAGAAGUCAAAUUCUUACAACGCGGAAAGGAGCUCACAGGCUCGGAUAGAAGAGAAGGCAGUGGUUGAAGACAAGAGGGAAAAGUCAACUGCAAAAGGCAAAUGCAUCCCAAGAAUGAUAUCAUCAUCCUCCAAAAUUACCAAAAAGAUCAGAUGAAAAAUUGAUAAUGAAAAGGGCCUUUUUACCCUCCACUGGGGCCCCACCUUGUUUAUUUACUUGGGUUAGCUGAGUGAGGCACGCUAAUGUUUAUUUAGAUCUACUCCCUCCCACCUCCCAUAUUGCAUUUCAACAGUCCUUAUCCAUCAAACAGACAGUCCUCUUAAUCAUGCAGUUGAGAAAAUGUUCUCUGGAUUUGGUUCAAAAGUAGUCAUAAUCGUUAAUUAUUACUAAUGAACUUUUGGAAAAAUUCUCAUCUUGAUUCGGUUCAAAGAAAUCAUAGUCAUCGAU